GUCCAUAGCUCUCCCUCUCUAUAAAUACGAACUCUUUCUUCAAAAGCGAUGCUCAGGGCCAACAAAGAUCGUUCGAUAUGAGGAUAUUUUCAUCGUGAUUGAUUCGUGCUUUUGAAAAGCACCAAUCACAUCACGCCGAUUCAUAUUUAACCAGAAUAAUUUUCUUCUUUUCAAAAGAAGAAGGAGGGGGAGGAGGAGGAGCAUUAGAGGGAUGGGAGCGGAGUUUCUGCCCGACGGAGCCACCGCCGAGCCCCCCGCUCCGCUCAUCCUCGGCCUCCAGCCGGCGGCGCUCAUCGACCACGUGGCGCGCGUCGAUUGGGCCCUCCUCGAUCGCGUCCCCGGCGAGCGUGGCGGUUCCAUUCCCGUUGCCAUUGAAGAUCUAGACUACAUAUUGCGGGAAGUGAAAAGCCAUAUCCUAUCUUCACCCAAUGACCUGUCUCCUGUUAAAUCGAUGGCUGGCGGCAGCGUUGCAAACACCAUUCGAGGGCUGAGUGCGGGGUUCGGCGUCUCUAGCGGAAUAGUUGGGGCUUAUGGUGACGAUGAUCAAGGCCAGUCGUUCGUGAGUAACAUGAGCUUUCAUGGAGUGAGCCUCUCCAGGAUGAGAUUGAAAAAAGGACCCACUGGUCAGUGCGUGUGCUUGGUCGAUGCGUGUGGGAAUCGAACAAUGAGACCUUGUCUCUCAAGUGCCGUGAAACUUCAGGCAGAUGAAUUGACUGGAGCGCACUUCAGAGGAUCCAAGUGGUUGGUGAUAAGAUAUGCAAUAUUCAACCUGGAAGUUAUUCAAGCCGCUAUAAGCAUUGCCAAACAGGAAGGCCUUCUUGUAUCUUUGGAUUUGGCAAGCUUUGAGAUGGUCCGAAACUUUAGAUCACCUCUUCUCGAGCUGCUGCAGUCUGGGAAUAUAGACCUCUGCUUUGCCAAUGAGGAUGAGGCUGCAGAGCUGCUAAGAGGAGAAGAAAAAGUCGGACCUGAGGCUGCACUUGAAUUUCUGGGACAAUAUUGCAAAUGGGCUGUGGUUACAUUAAGCUCGAAUGGGUGCAUUGCGAAGCAUGGGAAAGAAACUGUCCGAGUUCCAGCUAUAGGCGAGGUGAAAGCAGCAGAUGCAACCGGAGCGGGAGACCUAUUUGCAAGUGGGUUUUUGUAUGGCUUGGUGAAAGGAUUGUCGCUCGAAGAAUGCUGCAAAGCAGGCUCUUGCAGUGGCGGUUCUGUCAUACGAGCCCUUGGGGGUGAAGUGACCCUGGAGAAUUGGCGAUGGAUGUACAAGCAAAUGCAGAUCAAAGGCCUUCCUCUUCCCAACAUGCGCAACUGAUUCUUGCUCGUGUGAACAAAUUUGAUCAAUUUUUAAGGCUCCCCAGAUAGACAACUUAGCAAUUAGGCCCUUGAUUUUUCUCUUUCGACAAGCAAAGAGAAGUUAUGGUUGCACUUAUGGGGGUUGGUCUGACUGAUGUGAACCAAACAAUUUCUAAUCAUGCAUACAGGAAACAUCAUGUUUCGAGUUACUUAACAAGCGUUUGUUAAUUAUGUUUUAUCAGUGUUCUUAGAGUACUUAGUUAACACGGUCAUUCUAAAAGUACCGAGUACUCAGAAACAUGCUACCUUCAAUGAUUCAACAAACUGAUAUGUCAGUAGGGCAAUACUUUAUGCAA